GCUUUACGUCGUACAUUGCAACGCUCACUCUGCCGAGCACAAAUCAUGGCGCUCACACUCGCCCUGAAGUUGUGUCUGGCAUUCCUACUCCCGCUCGUCUCCGCCCUCAAAUUCGACAUCCAAGCCCAUCCCGGCUCGGAAUCCGCCAGUCAAGAACGCUGUAUACGCAACUUUGUCUCCAAGGACCAACUCGUGGUCGUAACGGCGACCGUCAGCGGCUCAAGAGGAGAUGGACAAACGCUGAACAUGCACAUUAAAGACGCCGUAGGCAACGACUACCACCGCCCCCGCGACAUCGCCGGCGAAGCGCGUUACGCCUUCACCUCGCACGCCGACAGCGCCUUCGACGUCUGCUUCGAGAACAUCCUCACCUCCUCCCAACCCGUCAUGACCCCCACCCGCUCCAUCGAACUCGACAUCGACAUUGGCGCCGACGCGAAAGACUGGAGCGCCAUUCAAGCUGGGGAGAAGCUGAAACCCAUGGAGGCGGAGCUGCGGAGACUGAGUGAAAGUGCGAAGGAGGUGGUGGAUGAGAUGGAGUAUCUGCGGAGCAGGGAGAUGAGUUUGAGGGAUACGAAUGAGAGUACGAAUGAGCGGGUAAAAUGGUUUGCGUUGGGGACGAUGGGGAUGUUGGUCGCGUUGGGCGUGUGGCAGAUUGUUUACUUGAGGGCGUACUUUAGGAGUAAGCAUUUGAUAUAAUGGAAGCGUGCGUGGUGAUUGUAUGGCGUACUUUGAGCGUUGGGGGGGUAACGGUACAACAUAACCUGGUCACGUGUAUGAGGAUGGGUCGAAGAGUCCGUUGCAUGCAGAGUAUGCUCAUUCUCGCGGAGGUCUUCGGAAACAACCACUCAGGUCACCUAACACCGCAGGCGCUAGGUCCACCCUCUCAACCGUCUACCCCGACGCCCCCCUGUUAUACCUAGGUUUUCCGAGAGACAAUUGCGCCCAAGCACUUUCCCCAAGGGUCAAGCAAGAGACCACCUCACCCACCUACUUCU